CAAAGCUUUAAAACCUAACUUCCAAGUUGUUGCAAUUGAAAAAAAAAAUUAUUGUAGAACAACUAGAAAUGGGAGAAAGAUGGAGUCUCACAGGCACCACAGCCCUUGUCACUGGUGGCUCCAAAGGCAUAGGGUAUGCAAUAGUGGAGGAAUUGGCAAAUUUUGGAGCAAGAGUUUAUACUUGUUCACGUGAUGAAAAGGAACUUCAAGAAUGCCUUGAAAUUUGGAGAAAUAAAGGACGUAAAGUUGAAGGUUCUGUUUGUAAUUUAUUAUUUCGUACUGAACGUGAGAAACUUAUGCAAACUGUUGCAAAUGUAUUUGACGGAAAGCUCGAUAUUCUGGUCAAUAAUGCUGGUGUAGUGAUACAUAAGGAAGCUAAAGAUCUCACAGAAGAAGAUUACAAGAUAGUUAUGGGAACUAAUUUUGAAGCUGCUUUUCAUUUAUCCCAAAUUGCUUAUCCAUUUUUGAAGGCUUCUCAAAAUGGAAAUAUUAUUUUUGUUUCUUCUAUUGCUGGACUUUUGGCCAUGCCUUCUGUUUCUCUUUACUCUGCUUCCAAAGGUGCGAUAAAUCAAAUAACAAAGAACUUGGCAUGUGAAUGGGCCAAGGACAAUAUUCGAGUCAAUUCAGUUGCUCCAGCAGUUAUUCUUACCCCACUUGUUGACACUGGAAUUAAGGAAAAUCCUCAAAUAAAAAAAGAAAUAGACAGUUACGUUGCCAGGACUCCUUUGGGCCGUGCCGGAAAGCCCGAAGAAAUCUCUGCAAUAAUAGCUUUUCUUUGUUUCUCUGUUGCUUCAUAUAUUACGGGUCAAAUUAUAUAUGUUGAUGGUGGAUUCACAGCUAAUGGUGGAUUUUAGAUGUAACGCCUAUAUUUAUGUACUUUAGUAUAGUGUUUUAAAUGUAACACCUAUUUAUGUACUAAAGCAGUUUACAUUCAACUAAAGAAACUUGGGAGAUAGAAGAUCUAUCAAUUCAGACAUUAAAUAUGAUGUGAUUAAUUAUUUUUGUUUUUCUAUAUACACACUGAACGUAUUGUAUUGUAUGACAGAGGUGUACAACUUAGUAUUGA